GAAGCUGCAGGGACCAUGGUGGAAACAGCCAGGAGGAAGUCAACAGUGUGCUUCCGUGUUGCCGGGACACCCACUGUCGGGUAUAAAGGCCGCCCCGGGAAGGAGCCUGCAGACACCACCGCCUCCACCCCAACACCAGCCCAGCCCCACAUCACCAUGUGCCACACCAGCUGCUCCUCAGGCUGCCAGGCUGCCUGCUGCUCGCCCAGGCCCUGCCAGGCAUCCUGCUGUGUGCCCGUGAGCUGCAAACCUGCCGUGUGCACACCCGUGAGCUGCCAGCCUGCUGUGUGCACACCUGUGAGCUGCAAACCAGCUGUGUGUGUGCCCGUGAGCUGCCAGUCAGCCGUGUGCACACCCGUGAGCUGCCAGCCUGCUGUGUGCACACCUGUGAGCUGCACACAAGCUGUGUGUGUACCUGUGAGCUGCCGGUCAGCAGUGUGCACACCUGUGAGCUGCAAGCCCACUGUGUGUGUGGCCCCCUCCUGCCAGUCCUUCGUGUGUGCCCCCGUGAGCUGCAGGCCUUUUGUGCUUGUGUCUGCCCCCUGCCAGUCCUCCGGGUGCUGCCAGCCGUCCUGCCCCACCCUGGUCUGCAGACCCAUCUCCUGUAGCUCCCCUUGCUGCUAUUGACCACGAGUCCCUUCUGAGCUGCAUCAGUGCAGACGGGUCCACACCUGUACCCCUCCCCGAAAAAUCCUCAAUGGCCUUGCUGGUUCUGCACAUGGCAGAUGAAAAGCGUGCUCAACGGACCCUCAGAACUCUGAUCGGGAUCCCUCCAUGACCUUGCACAUCCCCUCAGGGAAGCCCUCGGUCUCGGGGACCUUCUCUGUCUCCGGCAGGAAGCCAAAACCCAUGUGAACCAAAUAAAUUAUGCUUUCCCAA